AUGCACAAUUCCCUCUGGGGCAUGAAGCACAUCUGCUACCAGGGAUGUGCUACCCAGGCCUUUCUGCUGUUCUUCUUCCUUGGAAUAGAGUUUUCUCUCCUCACCAUCAUGUGCUACGACCGCUAUGUUGCCAUCUGCAAACCCCUGCACUACGGGACCCUCCUGGGCAGCAGAGCUUGUGCCCACAUGGCAGCAGCUGCCUUGGCCACUGGGUUUCUCAGUGCUCUGCUGCACACAGCCAGUACAUUUUCCCUGCCCCUGUGCCAGGGCAAUGCCCUGGGCCAGUUCUUCUGUGAAAUCCCACACAUCCUCAGGCUCUCCUGCUCACACUCCAGGGAACUGGGGCACAUUGUGGUUAGUGCUUGUUUUUGUUUUGGUUGUUUCAUUUUCAUUGUUUUCUCCUAUGUGCAGAUCUUCAGGGCUGUGCUGAGGAUUCCCUCAGAGCAUGGAUGGCACAAAGCCUUUUCCACGUGCCUCCCUCACCUGGCUGUGGUCUCUCUGUUCCUCAGCACUGGCACUUUUGCCCACCUGAAGCCCCCCUCCAUCUCCUCCCUAUCCCUGGACCUGAUGGUGGCAGUUCUGUAGUUGAUGGUGCCUCCAGCACUGAACCCCCUCAUCUACAGCCUCAGGAACCAGGAGCUCAAGGAUGCCCUGAGGAAAAUGA